AUGUCCGCCAGACUACCUACCCUUCGGAUAUUUUGGCGUCAAUGCCUGGGAACCCCUGCACGCUCUGGCUUUCAGACAAAUAUAAAAUCAUCAUGGCGCUACUUCAACUCUAGUGCACCUCACAGCAAGGCCAAAGGUGUACCCCGGACCAUUGAUUCCGCAUGGCAGUCCUCGAACCCGCAGGGCAACAAGAAUCCCCGGGCGCUUGCAAAGCUUCAAGCAACAGUACUACAAAGCGGAGAAGUGCUUUUGUUCAAGGCCCCUUCUCAUCGCGCAUAUGUCCUAACCGCGUUUGGCUUGUCCGGGUUCUGCUUCGCCUACUCUCUUUACAACUCCAACGCAACUUUCCGAGAUCCCAUUGUCCCACUCCCAAUGUGGCAGAAGUCUCUUUUCGGUGGUAUUUGUAUUGUGAUGAGUGUCAUGGGCACACUAUUCAUCACUCGCACCGGAUCUCUGGUGAGGCAUAUCAAGGCCGUGAACUCUGAUGGGCGCAUGCGCGUACUUUUCUCAGUCAGAAGUCUGAUGCCAUUCAAGAAGCCUUACCAAAUCGAUGUGGCACCUGGCGAUAUUUCCUUCAAGCGCAAGUUGACCGUGUCUCCGGAAACCGCCAAGCGAUAUGAAUUGGACAGCAAGAGACUUGGCCGUGGCCUGCAGGAACCCCCGCGCUUUUUCAAGUCUCCUGUCAGCGCAAUGAGCUACCAGCUCUGGAGAACAUUCCAGUCUAUGCGUCAAGUCUUCACAAAUGAGGACUUCAUCAUCGUCCAGGUUGCAGGGCGCAAGUCCCAGCUCCGUUUGGACUCCAACGGAUAUGUGUCGAAUGAUCUCUUGCACUUUGGGCGUAUGGUGAAUAUGAAGAUGCCGUUUACUAACUAA